UUGAUAACAGAACUAUGUUUAUGUCUGAUUCCUGGCGCGACGGUAUAUGAAAAAUGAAAUCAUUCAUCAAAAUAUGCUAUUUGAUAAAAUAAUUAAAUCAGAUAAUGCACUUCUGUGUUCAAAUUACGUGUCAGGUGUCAUCAUAAGCCAACGCACAGAGCAAUGUCCGUCUCGUUGCGUCUCGUUAUUUUGGGAUUGAGUCUUUUCCUAUUGGCCAAGGGCGUUGAAGGCCAAGCCGAAGAUGGCACCAAUGAUGGGAACAGCACCGCAAGUGAUCCGAAAGAUGAUGGCAAUGAUGGCGGCACUGCCAGUGAAAUGAUAAGUGAUUAUUAUAACUUUGAAUGGCGAGACCAUCCCACACCAGCCUCACUUUCGUGCGAACUCGGGAAUGCAGUGGCCAGGGCUAGAUCAUUACCGACUGACGGACCGUUUCAAACCCUACCAACAUUAAUAGAUAUCACAAAAAGUAUUUACGACAAUGUGACCAGUUUGAAGGGAAAGAAUAUAACGCUGGUGACCAAGCUGAACAAGAAGAUGAGACACGACUUGAGGACAUUGGUGGCCAAUCUGAAGCGUAUUCUUCAUGAUUACAAAGAGUUUUCAGAAGAUUUUAAUUUCAUUGAGCGUAUCAUGAAAACAUCUCGACACCAUAUUCCUGCUAAUCACGGUUAUGCCGAUGUUGAUGUCUACUUGACGGACGUAGCCGCGUUGUUUCAUAAGGAUAUUCUGUGGUGGAAAUUGUAUGAAUCCAUAAAUGGGCUUUACAAUUUUGGAAAAACACUAAAGACCAGUUUAUCAACAGUAUACGGUAGCAUAAUGAGCCAGAAAGCACAAACAAGAAUGUUGAAAAUUCACAACAAAAUGGCAAGUCUUCAAAUGUCUGUGAUUGGAAUAAGCAGUGAUGUGUUGAUUACGCAAACGAUUGCAGAACGAUUUUUGGAUAAACAUGGUGCAAAUUUUGGAUGCAGUGGUUGCUUGGAUCCAACAGACCGUUACUGUCUCAAAGGAAUAUGUAGGCCUGGAUUUAUUGGAUAUGCAUGUCAAUUAGAGAAUACUGACUUUGGAACAUGUAGUAGAACUGGCAGUGGAAGGGUGAGGACUUUCUCCGGAUCUGUAUUCAAUCCGGACCAGAGCGACACGACUGCACUUAUCAUCCACAAUGGAGGGGCGUUCCUAUCUUUCAGUAUAAGUGACGUUGUCUUUAUUGAUGAUGUUCCUGUAAUCGUAGUCUCCAUUAUUGAAGAGGUCUACUUCCUUAUGGCGAACGGAACAGUACAAGUGAACGGCGUGCAGGUUGACUUACCUAUGACUAAGAUUCAUGAAACACCUAUCAGGGGUGACGUCACUGUACAGCAGAAAAACGACGCCCUGGUCCUUCAGUCGAAUAUACACCAACUUAGAGUGGAGCUUUCCACAGACGGGGCCAAUGAUGUCAGCGUGUCGUUGAGUAUGUAUUGGAAGACACAAAUAUUCGGAAAAUGUGGCAAUUUUAACUAAUUAUUCCGUUGAAUCUCUGACUACUACAAAAGAGUAUCUCAAAAUAAUUUAAGAAAUAAGUGUAGAUCAACGUGAUGAGACUUUACUUAUAAUUUUCAUCAUCAUAGUUACCAAUAAUCAUCAAUAUGAUAUUGAAUGAAUGACAUAAAAAAUUAUAUAACAUUGGUCACUGACAAUGUCCAAGACGUUUUUCUUUGGUUUAUGUAAUUUUCGACUGCAUCAUGUCAUCAGGAGGACAAUAUUAACAUAUAUGAUCAAUAUGUUGAAACAUUUCCAUCUGUUUUAGAGUCUGUGAUUUAUUAAACAUUUUCCCUUGCAUUAAAACUAUUCUUUGUCAAUUGAAUCCAGCGAAUAAAGUCAAUUUGAUUGAA